AUGGUCCACACGUUUCUGCUCUUUCUCCGUCUUCUAGAGUACAGAGGCCUUUUGCAAAACAGACUGCGACAUUUGGACAAUGACCAGUUGUCGUCCCCAGAUGCGGACCUCUCCUUUGACCUCUCGGGCCCGCCUGCCGUAGCCAGCGACCGCCGCUACUCCAACAACUCAGAGCGCACAGACAUGCGCCAAGUUGUCGCUGAUCUCGCCCGCCGCUGGGAACAGCAUGACUCCCUCACACGCCGGGAGAUUUUUGGCCAAGAGCCGUUGACAGAUGCACACAAUUCGAGUGCCAUUGAGUAUGAGAACCAGAGUGCCAUUGAGUUUGAGAACCAGAGUGCAAUCGAGUCCGAGAACCAGAGUGCCAUUGGCCAGAGCGCAAGUCAAUGUCUGCAGAGUGACAACACGAGCGUUGAUGACGAUUCCACUUCUCACUCUCCGUCUCACUCUCCGUCUCAUUCUCCGUCUCACUCUUCUUACUCUUCUCACUCUUCUCACUCUCAAGACUCCAGUUUCCACGAAUCCCACGAUUCCGGAAACGGCGGCGUCUACGACCCCUACCGCCCGGCGCUCUCGCGCCUUGUGCCCGGAGACGCAAUGCGGCUUGUCGCUCUUCCGCCCGCAGCCAAGUUCCGUGAUCUGGUUCGGCUUGUGCCUGUGGGCGCUACUCUUGUGCACGGCUUGGAAUCGUCACGGCGCUACAAAAAUAACUUGGCCGGCGUCCUUGAAAACAUGCUUGUGGUGGCCUGCUGCUCCGAGAUAAUGAUGUACGACCUAGACCAUCUCCACAUGCCCAAUAAGAGUCCACGUCUCCGCUUUGAUACUCGACCUGCGUUCACGUCCACGGCGGCCCGGGUCAUUCUGACCUGGCCCCAUUUCCCCCAUACAAUCAAUGCGCUCAAAGUCUGCUCCUCAUGGGUCGACGGGCCUGCUGUGGGUGUUUGUGUGGAUGACGGAUCUGUGCUAGUGUGGAACGCCAAAACGCUCUAUCGCGAGAUGGAGCGAAACAAAUCUGGAAGGCUCUUUGGCUUGCGGCUUGCACCGGAUUUCUCUUUACAGGUGGAUGCGUCGGCCUGGGGCCUAGACUUUGCAUCUGCGUGCGAUGAACACGGCUCUUUGCACCAUGUGGUUGUGGUUUCGGCCAACUCGCAGAAAGUGACGCUACUCUACUCCGAGGGCAAUGGGAAGUUUGCGCAUGUUUCGAUGGAGGCUCUUCUGCACAAUAUCCCAGAUGUGUCGGUAGUGAAGUAUCGCAUUCACGAGGGAAAGCAUCGGGUGAAAGUGUGUGCAACGUCUAUUCUGGGAGAGUUGGUGAUUUUGGAGUUUGGGUUCGAGCGGAAGAAGGUUGAUGAGAGUGAGAGUGAAGGAAACGAAACUGAAGACGUCGAACGUGGCCCUGAUAACCACGGUGAAAGCACCACAAGUCAAGACUCUCAUGACCCUCUGUUCUCCAAUGUUGAACUGACGGUCUUUUUUUCCACGCCCAAACUCAUCCGCCAAACACAGCUACCUGCGGACGGCUGGACAUGCAAGCCCAUUGCUGCACGUUACUUCAAGCCCGUCCAAUCUCUCCGGGCAAUGACUGGUGAUCCGUCUAUCGUUGAGGAAACAGAAAUGUCCCAUAUUCUUGCUGAGCUGCGUAUAGUGAAUAUGACUGCUGAUCCAGUAACGACAUCUCAUGUCGGAGGCGCUGCCCGCUGGCAGUUUUUUGGUUCGCCAGUUCUCACCUUCUCCCCAGAUGACACCGAGGCCAAACUUGUCGACGCCCAAGUUGACUACAACCACAUGCGUAUGGCCUAUGAACUUCAGUGUCGCAACAUCGGAACUUCAUCCAAGUACUCUGUCACAGACUCCCCAGAUGACGUUUUUAUUGCGAUUUCUACAGACACUCGGCUUGGGCUCAUGCGGGAGGAUUCUCUCUUCUGCCAUGCAGCAACCAAACGGCUCUUCACCCUUGACAUUCCGCAAAACGAGGACACACGCUGGUGUGACCGGCUUCUGAUUACACUCCUCAUCCCUGAUCUUCUGUGCUUUGUCGCUGCUUCGCAGUCGGGCUUGGUGUCUAUAAUGCGGCUCUGCCAACACCGUGGUCUUUACGGUAUGCGACAGGAACACGUUUUUCCGAAUGCCCUCAGCCUUGUGGUGGCCGAACACAGUUUACGUACUCUCAUAGGCCUUUGUUGCCGAAACACUUCGCCCAGCUCGGAGUAUCCGCGGUUCCACCUUUAUGUGGUCUAUUCUGACGGUCUUGUGCUCACAUACGAGCUUACUGCUGAGAUAUAG